GUAGUGGCCGUGUUUACGCGUCUGCCCCCACCGAUCGAUCCGCUCCGCCCGGGUUUCUAACAAAACGCUAGAAAAAGAGAGAGAGAGAGAGAUCCAUAUCUGUUCUCUGGGGUCUAACUUGGAUCCACAUCAAUCUCGCUCACUGUUGGCAGGUAUUUUUGUUUUAGCUGUUAAAAUGGGAGGAGGGGGAUUUAGGGUGCUGCAUUUGGUGAGACCGUUCCUUUCAUUUCUGCCAGAAGUACAGAGUGCUGAUCGGAAGAUUCCAUUCAGAGAGAAGGUGAUAUACACUGUGAUCUCUCUUUUCAUAUUUCUGGUGUGCAGUCAGCUCCCUCUAUAUGGCAUACACUCUACCACGGGUGCGGACCCUUUCUAUUGGAUGCGUGUUAUUCUUGCCUCCAACCGUGGGACUGUUAUGGAACUAGGGAUUACACCCAUUGUGACUUCUGGAUUGGUGAUGCAACUGUUGGCUGGCUCAAAGAUCAUUGAAGUGGACAAUAGUGUCCGUGAAGAUCGUGCACUCCUAAAUGGUGCUCAGAAGUUGUUGGGAAUUCUAAUUGCUGUUGGCGAGGCUGUUGCUUAUGUGCUGUCAGGGAUGUAUGGCAGUGUCGGCCAACUUGGUGUAGGGAAUGCCAUUCUCAUAAUUGUUCAACUUUGCUUUGCUGGGAUUAUUGUGAUAUGUUUAGAUGAACUUCUCCAGAAGGGAUAUGGACUUGGCUCUGGGAUUUCCUUAUUCAUAGCUACCAAUAUCUGUGAAAGUAUUAUCUGGAAAGCAUUUAGCCCUACAACUAUCAACAGUGGCCGUGGUGCUGAAUUUGAAGGUGCUGUUAUUGCUUUGUUCCAUCUUCUAAUAACUAGGACAGACAAAGUUCGUGCUCUCCGGGAAGCUUUCUACCGGCAGAAUCUUCCGAAUGUUACAAAUCUGCUUGCUACAGUCUUGAUCUUCCUUAUUGUUAUCUACUUCCAAGGUUUCCGUGUGGUUUUGCCCGUGAGGUCUAAAAAUGCCCGUGGACAACAAGGCUCUUACCCAAUAAAGCUAUUCUACACCUCCAACAUGCCUAUCAUUCUUCAGUCUGCACUUGUAUCAAACCUUUAUUUUAUCUCCCAGUUGCUGCACCGGAGGUACAGUGGAAAUUUCUUGGUAAAUUUGUUGGGCAAGUGGCAGGAAUCUGAAUAUUCAGGUCAAUCUGUUCCCGUUGGUGGUCUUGCUUACUACGUCACUGCACCAUCAAGCUUGGCAGAUAUGGCAGCCAAUCCCUUCCAUGCUCUUUUCUAUUUGGUGUUUAUGCUGUCAGCCUGUGCAUUGUUCUCAAAGACUUGGAUCGAAGUUUCUGGAUCUUCUGCCAAAGAUGUGGCCAAGCAACUCAAGGAGCAACAAAUGGUGAUGCCGGGACAUCGUGAUUCAAAUUUACAAAAGGAACUGAAUCGUUACAUACCCACUGCAGCUGCUUUUGGGGGUAUCUGCAUCGGCGCAUUAACAGUGUUGGCGGACUUCAUGGGAGCAAUUGGGUCAGGGACCGGAAUUCUUCUUGCAGUUACAAUUAUUUAUCAGUACUUUGAGACAUUUGAGAAGGAAAAAGCCAGUGAACUAGGUUUCUUUGGCUUCUAAGCCCUUAGUGUUCUUGGACAUGACUUGGAAAUGACAAUGAUUCCAUGGAAAUUUUUCUAAGCUGAGAAGUAUCUUCUCCUCCUGUGUUAGCACACCACCUUGUAGGGUUCUUAAUUCCGACUACCACCCGUGGAGUCUUCACUAUGUUAAAUGGCGAACGGGUACAGUUUUCGCUUUGAUUGUCAUUUUAAAGCAGUUGCAGUGACACAUUUUCCAUUCAUUUGUUAACUUGCAGUUAGUCAGUUACCACCAGGUACUGUGAAACAUGGAGGUACCUGUAUGUCUUGUGUUACACAUCCAAAGAGCUAGAGAUAAUUUUCAAAAAGAAUGCCCUUUAGUUUGUUAUUUUUGUGUAAUUGUUGUUGCUCUUACUAUAUAAUAGAGGUGCAACUGUUCAAUCUAAGUUUUUAAUUUCUCAACUCGAGUUCAAUCCUAACCUAAUUUCGAUCCGAUUAUUGUACAUUGUUAA